AUGCAAGCCGCUGCCGAGGGGUUGAUGGAGUUGCGGCAUAAGCGCGCGAGAGAGGAGAAGGAAGGCUGCGACAACGGCGGAGAUGAGGAGGUGGAACUGGAAGAGGUGUUCGCCGGGCCGACGAGCAUGGCAAAGCUUUUUUUAAAAGUCUCUCUAGACCCCUACGAUAAUUAUGCGUCCGUGUGGCCACGCCCCGGCCCUGGUGUGGCGGACACUGUGCCGUAUGCUGCAGUCGCCGACACCCUGGCCGAUAUCAGCGCCGAGAGCUCCCGGCUGGAGUGUAUUAAAUACCUCACUAAUCUUCUUAUUGCCGUGAUGCAGCGCAGCCCAACGGACCUGGUUUCGGUUAUUUACCUCGUGAUCAACAAGCAGGGUCCCGCACACGAGGGUAUUGAGCUUGGGGUGGGCGACGCACUGCUGGUGAAGGUAAUCGCAGAGUGCUGCGGCCUCACCGAGGCACACGUCAAGGAGGCUUAUAGACAAACGGGUGAUUUAGCGGAAGUGGCUCAAGGCAAGAAACGAAAACAAGCCACUCUAAUUAAACCUAAACGUCUCUCCGCAGCUGCGGUCUUUAAGGCGCUGCGUGACAUUGCUCUUAUGAGCGGCAAGGAGGCCGCACGACGGCGUGCCGAUGUGAUGAAGCGACUUCUCCGCGACGCCGUCGGGCCCGAGGUAAAUCUUAUUGUUCGGGCCUUGCAGCAGAAGAUGCGUGUUGGGUUGGCAGAGUCGUCUGCGCUUGCAGCAAUUGGUUACGCCUUUGCAUUGAAUCACAUUGGAAUUAAGGCGGUAGCGAAAUACACCCCGGAGGAGUUGCAGCGAGAGUUGAAUAUGGGGUCUGUUAAUUUUGCACGCAUAUACCACGAGGUGCCAUGUCUUGAAAUAGUUGUUGGGGCAGUGCUUCGGCAUGGGUUUAACGUUAUUGUUCCCUCCUCCCCAGAGGCGCAGGCUUACGCUGCAGAGCUGUCUAUUCGCCCCGGCAUUCCCGUGAAACCGCAGCUGGCACACCCCACAAGCGGGAUAAAUGUCAUUUUGGACCGGCUUCAGGGCAAGACCUUUACGUCAGAGUACAAGUACGAUGGUGAGCGGGCACAGCUUCACUACUCAAAAGAGACGGGCUAUCGUAUCUUCUCACGCAACGCCGAAGAACACACUGGGAAGUAUCCGGACAUCAUCGCCAUGUUGCCGCGCGUUUUUUCCGCGGAGACGGUGAAGUCUUUCAUUAUAGAUUCAGAAGUGGUGGCUGUGGAUGAGGCGACGGGAGCGCUGCAGGCGUUUCAGGUCCUCCAGCAUCGCGGCCGAAAAAAUGUGUCGUCUGGGAGUGUCACAAUUCAAGUGUGCGUGUUCGCGUUUGAUAUUUUGUACUUUAAUGGCGAACCACAGAUGGCGAAGCCGCUAUCCGAACGGCGACAUAUAUUAUACUCUCACUUUGUCCCUAUUCACGCAAAGUUCCAGUUCGCUGAACAUUUGGAUAGCGCCAAUGUGGAGGAUAUCCAGUCGUUCCUUGACCAGUCUAUCAAAGACGGCUGUGAAGGACUUAUGGUGAAGACGUUGGAGGAGGAGGCGACGUAUGCGCCGGCGAAGCGUUCUCACUAUUGGCUAAAGCUCAAGAAGGACUACAUGGACGGCGUAACGGAUACGCUGGAUCUAGUGCCAAUUGGAGCCUACUACGGAAAAGGAAAGCGGACAGGUGUAUUCGGGGGAUUCCUGCUUGCUUGCUACGAUAGUGACAGCGACGAGUUCCAAAGCAUCUGCAAAAUUGGGACUGGAUUUCAGGACGAGGAGUUGGAGAGCCUCACAAAAGUCCUGCGGUCAUCCAUCCUCAUGGAUCAGCCGCGGUAUUAUCGGGCAGAGGAAAAACCGGAUGUCUGGUUAGAGGCCUCACAGGUAUGGGAAGUGAAGGCUGCUGAUCUUUCAAUCUCUCCGGUUCACUACGCAGCAUACGGACUUGUGGAUGCGUCGAAAGGGAUAGCACUGCGAUUUCCGCGCUUCAUGCGUGUGCGCGAGGACAAAAACGCGUCGGAGGCGACCACCGCCUCGCAGAUUGCCCAAAUGUACACUGCACAGUCGUUGUCUGUUAAAAAAGUACAAGAUUGA